GCAAACUGAGAGGCGAGAGUGGAGCUGUGGGAGCACCGCCAUAGACUCUGGAGAGAGAGAGAGAGCGAGAGAGAUGUCUUCGGGCGGCCGGUACAUGGCAUACUCGCCGUCGCCUUCGACGGCGUCUCCUUCUCCUCACAUCGCUGCUGCUCUCGUAGAGCACGACAAAUACCUUUCUGACUUGCUUGCUGAAAGAGAAAAGCUUGGACCAUUUGUGCAAGUUCUUCCACACAGUUACAGGGUCUUGAAUCAGGGAACCAUAUUGUUGAAGUGCAAGGGAUAUGCUACCACGGGGCCAAAAGUAUAUUGCGUGAAAGAAAUAUUGCGUGUAACUACACUGUUGGGGAAUGCAUCAUUUUUAGACCAGACUGGGCUUGAACAUGCGAGCCCACUGACUUCUGGAGGAUUGUUUUCAAAUGGAGCAGAUAGGAAUGUAUGGGCACCAACAUUCCACUCAGAAAGGCUAGGUGGACUAAUGCAGUCACCUAGUCAUGGGUGGCUUGGUGCACAAGGAAGUUCAUCUGGCCUUGUUUGCAAGAAGUCAUUCAGAAUUGACAUUCCUGCAGAUAAAUAUCCUAGCUACAACUUUGUUGGCCGCCUCCUGGGACCUAGAGGCAAUUCUCUGAAGCGUGUGGAAGCAACUACAGAGUGCCGUGUGUUGAUCAGGGGUCGUGGCAGUAUCAAGGAUCCAGCUAGGGAAGAGCUGAUGAGGGGGAAGCCCGGUUAUGAGCAUCUCAACGAGCCGCUGCAUGUAGUUGUUGAAGCUGAACUGCCUGUCGAAAUGAUUGAUUCCCGGUUAAUGCAAGCCCGGGAGGUCAUAGAAGACUUGCUGAAGCCUGUGGACGAGUCGCAAGACUACUACAAAAAGCAGCAGCUACGAGAGCUUGCUAUCCUGAACGGGACUCUGAGAGAUGAUAGCUCUCAAAUGUCAGGGUCGGUUUCUCCUUUUCACAACAGCCUCGGAAUGAAGAGAGCAAAAACUCGAGGUUGACGUGAUGUUAGGAUUAGAAGGUGAAAUCUGUUAAUGCUCUUCAAGCUACUAUUGCGGCAAGUAGCUUCACCCAUUCAAUCGGCCGUGACGUCAGAUGGUAUCAGGUGGUAAUACGUCGAGUCUGGGAAUGCUGUCGUGCUAGCGUUAGUCUACUAUUUAUCCACGUGACAGUGUUGUGAGCCAUGCCAGCUUAGGUUUGUCUACUAAUGCUAAACAAGAGGUUGAAUAAACCUGUCUUUUCUUAUGGUGUUGAUAGUUGCCUGUUCAUGGAUUUAGUGUAUCAGACGUGAUAGUUGCAGUCGUGCAAGUUACAGUUUUGAUGUAUAAGUUGAGUAAUGCAAAGAGGCCGUGCAUGGGUAUGCCUGUGUACAAAAGAGACGCAAGAUGCUUUUAGAGUAGGAGCAUCUGAGUUUUGGAAGUAGCAAAUUUUUCUGGGAUAACGGCAGGCAUGCCGCUGAUUUUUUUAUCGUA